AUCAUUUUACCCACUGUUAGGAUGGAGGAAACAUCUCUACUGCAGCGACUCCUUCUGACCUCACUGCUGAGCAGCACAACAAACCAAGCCUCUCUGACUGUGAGUCCCAGCAGCUCUCAGAUGUUUGAAGGACAGUAUGUCUCUCUGAGCUGUGAGGAGGAUGACAGCUCUGCUGGAUGGACUCUGAGGAGGAACUCGAGUUAUGAAACCAGAGCUCAGUGUGAUAGCUGGGGAACACCUGCUGGUUCUUCCUGUAUCAUCAACUACAUGGUCCCAUGGGAGAGUGGAGUUUACUGGUGUGAGUCCAGAGAGGGAGCAACCAGUAACAGCAUCAACAUCACUGUCACUGGUGGACCAGUGAUCCUGCAGAGUCCUGUCCUCCCUGUGAUGGAGGGAGAAGACCUCACUCUGCACUGUAAAAUGAAGAACUCCUCCAACCUCCCAGCUGGUUUCUAUAAAGAUGGAUCCUUCAUCAGGACUGAGUCUACACGUAACAUGACCAUCCACCAUGUUUCCAGGUCUGACGAAGGCUUCUACAAGUGUCUCAUCAGCAGAGUUGGAGAGUCUCCACCCAGCUGGGUCUCUGUCACAGACCUCCUCCACCUUGUGAUCAGACUGGUCAUCCACCUGGUGGUGUUCUGUCCGUACUGCAUCUCCACUUUCAUCAUGGUGUCUUUAUAUCGACGCAGGACAACAGGAAAUGGCCUACCUGUCGCCAUUGUGAUGACCUCGCCCCCCCAGGCUGAGGAGGGAUUGGAUGAUGAAUAUGAGAAUGACAUCACCACUGUCACCAGAGAGCAUCACUUCUGAACUGAUCUGAAAAGAAGCUGAAAUCUCCGUAGAUCAGAAACAUUUCCCCCGGCCGUCUUGAUAUAAUUAUGAUUUAAACAUCUUCAAUAUGAAAUCAUUGCUUUAAGUUUGAAUUGCUCCUUUACUGCCAGCCACAGCUAUCUCUGUAAUCCUGAAUAUUUUAUA